ACAACAGCAGCAGCGACCUCAGCACCGACAGCGAUAGUGGGUUCGGGUCCGAACCCGAACCCGAAACCGAACUCGAGCAGUCGCUGCUACGGUCGGAAUCGAUGCCGGUGGCGAGGCUGACGGCGGACGAGGACGUCGACGGCGACGAGACGGAGGAGGAAGAGGGGGAGGGGUUUGUCGUUAGGGUUCGGGUUCUUGACAAUGGUGACGAUGAAAACCCUAGUUUGGAGUCUGAGGAAGAGGUUUUUGAUGAGGCUGAUGGGGGUUUGGAUGCUGUGGCUAGGGUUUAUUCUUCUCAGAGUGGAAACCCUAGUCCAUUUACAGAUGGGGUUUUGGAGGGAAACCCUAAUAUGAAUUUGGAAGAAGAUGGGGAUGUGAGACCAAUGGAGGUGGUACCUGACACUAUGGAAACUGAGGAAGAUAGGGUUUUGCGUGAAAACUUGAAUUCGAUUGAAAAUUCAACGAAGGAUGGGGUCGAUGAACAUACAUCUAGAGAUUGUACUGAUGAAACUCACAAUGAGACCUCGGGAAGUGAUUGUGCACAAGGGAACACUACUUUGGAUGGUGAUUGUAUUGAUGAGACUCACAGUGAGAUUUCGGGAAGUGAUUGCGCACAAGGGAACACUAGUUUUACCGGAGAGGUGUCUUUGGAGUCCACGGAAAAAGACGAGGAUUUGAAACCAAUGGAAGUUGAGCCUGACAAUGUCGAAGCAGAGAAAGAUGGAGAAGAGGAGGAUUCAGAUGUUGAUCAACCGGAGGAAAUUGGCAUUGAGACUGGUUCAAGUGAAUUCGGGUUUUUGGAUGAAAGUUCAAAUGCAGAGGAAACUGCUGGGGAAGUCAGGGUUUUGAGUGGAAACUUGAAUUUGACAGAAAAUUCUGUGAAGAACGGAGUUGGUGAAGUUAAACCUAAUGGUUCUGUGGAUGAAACUCGUAAGGAGAACGGAGAUCAUGGUGUUCUAGAUGAAAAGGAUGAGGUUUUGGGAACUGAUUGUGCACAAAGUAUCACUGCGUUUACAGGAGAGAUGCAGUUAGAGUCCGUGGAAGUGAAGCUGACGACUAUUGAGAUAGAGAUGGAUGGGAUUGAUGAAUGUAUGCACCAAGGAUGGGAACCUGCAGAUGCUGCGGCCAGAGAAAUUGGCAAUGUUGUUGCUGAUUCGAACCAAAACCAAGAACAGGAUGAAGAAGAUGGCUCUGUUACUGUGGAUUCUAGUCAAUCUGACAGCUCUUUGAACAGGCUUGAGUGUUGGAAUGACAACAAAGCGAAGAAGAAACCAGAAGAGGAUGAAGAAGAUGGCUCUGUUAUUGUGGAUUCUAGUGAAUCUGAGAGCUCUGUGAACAAGAUUGAGACUAGGAAUGAUGACAAAGUGAAUAAGAAAGCAGAAGAGGACGAUGAAGAUGGCCCUGUUGUUGUGGAUUCUUGUGAAUCUGAGAGCUCUGUGAACAAUCUUGAGAGUAGGAAUAAUAACAAACUGAAUAAGAAAACAGAAGAGGACGAUGAAGAUGGCUCUGUUGUGGAUUCUAGUGGACCUGAGAGCUCUGUGAACAACCUUGAGAGUAAGAAUGAUGACGAAGCGCAUAAGAAAGCAGAAGAGGAUAAUGUGGGUGCAAAGGAGGGAGGAUUGCAAGUUUCUGGUAAACAAAUGAUAAGGGAGUCCAAAAGGGAGAUUAUUAGGGAGUUAUUGGCUUCUGCAUCCUCUUCUGCUGCUACCAGCAAUGAUACGAUCAUUGCCUCUAAUCUUAGGAGAAUUCUUUCUGACAGUUAUCCUGCUUUUUUGGGCUCCUUAGGCCCAAGUAGAUCACAACCAACCAUCCUCGACUCUUCCAACCUUGCAGUUGAUAGCAACCCCGAAAUCGCAAUGACUGAAGAAGAGAAGAAAUUUCAUAACAACAUCGAGUUGGUUAGAGUCAAAUUCCUUCGUCUUGCUUUCAGAUUAGGUUAUUACCUGGAAGAGAAAAUGGUCACUUCAGUCCUCUACAAUCUUGAACGCAUUGCGGGUACAAAACAUUGGAAGUUUAGCUUUCAGACAGCAAGAAAGAAGGCUAUGGAGCUCGAGAGGGAAGAGAAAGAUAAGUUGGAUUUUUCAUGUACUAUUCUAGUUAUUGGGAAGGCUGGAGCCGGAAAGAGCGCGACGAUAAAUUCAAUCUUUGAAGAAGAGAAGUCACCAAGGAAUCUAUUCGAACCUGAAACUUCUUCAGUGAGAAAGAUUGAGGGGGUUGUGAAUGGGAUAAAGAUUCGGAUUUUGGAUACUCCAGGCCUGAAACUUUACUCACAAGAUCAAGUAUCAAAUAUAAAGAUGCUCUCUUCUCUGAAGAAGUACAUGAAGAAAUACCCACCUGAUGUAGUUCUCUAUAUGGAUCGGCUUGAUAUCCAAACCCGGGAUUUUAAUGAUUUGCCCCUUUUGAGAACAGUUACUAGUACUUUAGGCCCUUCAAUUUGGUCGAAUGCUAUCAUUGUUCUCACUCAUGCAUCCACAGCUCCACCCGAGGGACUAGAUGGCAGACCAUUAUCCUAUGAAACAUGUAUAGAGGAGAGGUCUUAUGUGAUUCAACAGUCAAUUACGCUGGCAACAGGAGAUAUGAAUUUGAUGAGGCCAGUGGCUUUAGUUGAGAAUCAUCCAUCUUGUAGAAGGAACACAAAAGGGGAAAGAGUACUUCCAAAUGGAUGUAGAUGGAGAUCUAAGUUACUUCUCUUGUGUUGCCGUUCGAAAAUCUUAUCUGAAGCCAAUGCCCUUUCUCCCUAGGGUUCAAGAUUCUUCUGCACAAAAGCUCUUAAACUCCCUCUUCCGAUCUCCACAAUGGAAUUCUUUUUGUCUUUGCUUUUUGAGAAAAAACCCCAUCCAAAGCUUUCUUCAGAUAUCGACUUGAAUGGCUUUUCAGAUGAGGAAGAUGAAGAACAUGAGUAUGAUAAUCUCCCGCCUUUCUCUCCUUUAACCAAAUCCCAGAUUGACGAGCUUAGUAAAGAGCAAAAAAGGUUGUAUUUUGACGAGUAUGACUAUCGGGUUGAACUCCUGAAGAAGAAACAGUGGAAGGAACAGAUUAGGCUAUUCAAAGAAAUCGAAAAGAGAGGGGAAAGCAAUAAUAUUUAUGAAGAUGAUGAUGAUUCUCCAACUUCACCGGCUCUUUCGCAAGAUAUUACAUUGCCUCUUUCCUUUGAUUGUGAUGAUCCAGUGUAUCGUUACCGAUCCUUGGAGCCAAGCUCAAACUCAACAUUCUCAACUGAUUUUCUCUCGGGUUCUAAUGGUUGGGAUCAUGACUAUAGCUAUGAUGGGAUUAGGCUCCUAAAGAUCUUUGCUAUAGCUUCAAAAUUUCCAGGUGAAAUCUCUGUCGGUUUAAGAAAAGAUAAGGAGGAGUUCGUCAUCAAUUUGGACUCCUCAGUCUCAGCCAAGCAUGGAGAUAAUGGCUCAUCGCUAGCGAACUUCAACGUCCAAACUAUUGGUAACCAAAGAGCAUACUCUAUACGGGGCGAAACCAAGUUCAAAAAUUUUAAGAAGAACAAGAUGACUGCAGGUUUUUCUGUCAACUAUUUGGGGGAUACUGUUGCUACUGGAGUGAAGCUAGAGGAUCAAGCUUCAAUUGGGAAGAGAGUUGAGCUUGGUGCAAGUAUUGGUGCUGUUCGAGCUGAGGGUGGUGUGGCAUAUGGAGCUAAUUUGGAGGCAAAAUUAAUGGAGGAGGAUUACCCUGUUGGCCGAGCUCUUGCUAUAUCAAGUUUGUCUUUGGUUCAGUAUUGCGGGAAUUUGGCUUUUGUGGGGAAUCUACAGGCUGAAGUCCCUAUUGAGAGGAACUCGAAGAUAAUCGUUCGUGUUGACAUCAACAACAAGAUGAGUGGAAGGUUAACACUUCAACCACGUACUUCUGACCCUCUUGUGAUGGUGCUUAUUGGUUUACUUCCAUUUGCAAACUGUAUUCUGAGGAGAAUCUGGCGCAAGUAUUUUUUAGCAUAGUAAACUGUUAUCCAUUUAGAUUUUUUUUAUACAGUUAAUUUAGGUUUCAUAACUUUCCGCAUUUAGGAUUUGUAUAUGGGAAUUGAAUUGGGGUUCUGAUCA